CACUCAAUUAUUUGUUCAUUCGAGAGUGGCGAGUUUUUGGUGCUUGUAGCUUGCGGCUUGUUUCCCUGCCUUGGACAACGCUGAAGUAAAGGUUGCAUUAUUGUGACUGUGGACGUCAAGAACUAGCGGCUGUUCUUUUCUACAAGGAUAAUUCUCACCCAGAUUGGCGGUUGUGAGAGCAGAAGGCUACGAUGGCAGUGCUACUAAAUACUUCCGAGCUGAAUCUGGCUCGGGAUCCAGUCACAAAGGUGUCGGAUUGGCAGUCUUACAGGUACGACUCUGGCAUCCAGUCGGGCGCUGCCACCACUGCCCACUCUCUCCGGGGCACAGCAGAAGAGAGCGAUCCGGAAUACAGCAAGAAGUACACCACAACCACCACAACCACCACCUACACACAGGGGUCCAUUCCAGAUAUGGAGUCCCAGUUUGCGAUGACUCGUGGCCAGCGUGUUCAGGCUGCUAUGUUCCCGGAUACCAUGAUGGAAGGGACCCAAAUCCUGUCCACUCAGGUUGACCUCGGCCAGCAGACCAACAUCCAGAACUUGUCCGAACCCUCCCAGAUGCUGAAAACGGCUAUCGUGCACCUGAUUAACUACCAGGACGAUGCCGAGCUGGCUAUCCGUGCCGUGCCGGAGCUCACCAAACUGCUCAAUGAUGAGGACCCGGUUGUGGUGAACAAGGCCGCGAUGAUCGUGAGCCAGCUGGCGCGCAAGGACGCCUCUCGCCGCGCUCUCAUGCAGUCUCCCCAGAUGGUGGCGGCGGUGGUGAGGACCAUGCAGAACACCAGCGACAUGGAGACCGCCCGCUGCACUACCAGCAUCCUGCAUAACCUGUCCCACCACCGGGAGGGGCUGCUCGCCAUCUUCAAGUCUGGGGGCAUCCCCGCGCUCGUCCGCAUGCUCAGCUCUCCGAUGGAAUCUGUCCUCUUCUAUGCCAUCACUACUCUACACAACCUGCUUCUGCAUCAGGAAGGGGCCAAGAUGGCUGUGCGUCUGGCUGACGGGUUACAGAAGAUGGUCCCCUUGCUGCAGAAGAGCAACCCCAAGUUCCUGGCUAUCACCACCGACUGCUUGCAGCUCCUGUCGUAUGGAAACCAGGAAAGCAAGCUGAUUAUCCUAGCCAAUGGAGGACCGGAAGGCCUGGUAUACAUCAUGCAGCACCACAACUAUGAGAAGCUGCUGUGGACCACCAGCCGCGUGCUCAAGGUCCUGUCGGUCUGUCCCAGCAACAAGCCCGCUAUUGUCGAAGCUGGUGGCAUGCAAGCCUUGGGUAAACAUUUGAACGGAUCUAGCCCAAGACUUGUCCAGAACUGUUUGUGGACUCUGAGAAACCUUUCUGAUGCUGCCACCAAACAGGACGGCCUGGAUGGGCUGCUGCAGGUGCUGGUGACCCAGCUGAGCUCUACCGACCAGAACGUCCUCACCUGCUCCACGGGCAUCCUGUCCAACCUGACCUGCAACAACGGACGCAACAAGACCCUGGUUACCCAGGACAACGGGGUGGAGUCCCUGAUCCAAGCCAUCCUGCGUUCCAACAACAAGGAGGACAUCACAGAGCCUGCUGUCUGCGCCCUGCGCCAUCUCACCAGCCGGCACCCAGACGCAGAGCUGGCCCAGAAUGCCGUGCGCAUGCACUAUGGCAUCCCCACCAUCGUCAAGCUGCUCAAUCAGCCUCACUACUGGCCUGUCAUCAAGGCUACAGUUGGAUUGAUCCGCAACCUUGCCCUCUGCCCGGCUAACCAAGCUCCCAUCAGAGAAGCGGGUGCCAUUUCCAGCCUAGUCCGUCUGCUGGUGAAAUCUCAUCAAGAUGCCCAGCGCCAAACCACUGCCAGCUCUCAGACAUACCAGGAUGGUGUGAGAAUGGAGGAGAUCGUUGAGGGGACCACAGGAGCCCUCCACAUUCUGGCUCGCGACCCCAUCAACAGAUCUGAGAUAAUCAGCCUCCAGACCAUCCCUUUGCUGGUGCAGCUCCUGUACUCCCCGAUUGAGAAUGUGAAGAGAGUGGCAGCCGGUGUGCUGUGCGAGCUUGCUCUGGACAAGCAGGCUGCGGAAAUGAUCGACGCAGAAGGAGCCUCCGCCCCUCUGAUGGAGCUGCUGCACUCUAACAAUGAAGGCAUUGCCACCUACGCCGCUGCUGUGCUGUUCCGUAUUUCCGAAGAUAAGAAUGCAGACUACAAGAAAAGGGUGUCAGUGGAGCUAACCCACUCUCUCUUUAAGCAUGACCCUGGUGCCUGGGAAGCUGCCCAAAACAUGAGUAUGGACGGACAGAUGUAUGUAGAGGACAUGGACCCUGGCUUUCAGCAGUACAGAACCUAUAAUCCAGACAUGGACGGCAUGAUGGAGACUGACAUGCAUGAUAUGGUCGAUGGAGACUACCUCCCUGAUGCCUAUGAUCCCAUGAUGAGACAGCAGUACCGGUAUACCCAUGCAUAGAGCUUCGGCACCACAGCGGAAAGCAAGAGAUUUACCACAGUGAACUUCAGAGCAAAGGACUGUGGGAUGGACCGUACUAGAGAGAGAAACUGAAGUGCCUGGGACAAACUUUUUAUGGCAAUGGUCAAAACAAGAUAUUUUUAAACAAUGUUAUGCCGUCUUGUAUUAUAAAGGCUUUAAACAGUGUUUUUUUUUUUUUUAAAAAGUACUGUGGAUUGUUUUGGUUUUGUAAAAGACUGGUACUCCAUUCAAGUUUUUUUUUUUUUUUUUUUUCCUUUCAUAUUUAAAACUUUUUAAAGGUACGCAGCCUUUCCUUUUUCAGAUAUAACAAUUGUGGGCUUUUUUUUUUUUUAAUGCAGUCUGCUUUGUCAAUUUUGUAUUUUUUUGGGGGGUGGGGAGGGUGGGGGUCGAAAUGGAAGCUAUCUAUCAAAUGAUUAUAUCUUAGAUUUUCUUUUAUAUAUUCCUCCCAGGCAAAUGAGAAACUAUAAUACUUGUAAAAUAAGAUUUAUGGUUGCUCAUAGGAUUUUUUUUUUUUUUUUUUUUUAAAUUUUGGCAAGUUUCUGCCAAAGAUUUAGUUUUUAGAGCAUUCAGUUACCAUUCCUUCUGUUUUUAGCUGAUGUGUAAUUUUACUGUAAUACAGAAGUGUAAUUAAAUAAUCCACUUUCUUCUUCAUAUAUUAAACACUGGCCUCCAAGUAUAACCCAUAUUCCCUUUCUUUCAGUUAUGUUUCCUUUUGUCUUUGGCUGGUUUUGCAGGUCUACCCAUCGUUACUUUUUGUAUUUCAAGAUUUAGCGAUUUUUAUAUUGGUCUGUGAAACUAGCCUUCACUUAUACUUAAUAACCACUAUGGCUUAAUGAUUUAAUCAAACUUCCCGUCCCUCUCCUUGGAAUAGCUUAGCAGCAUAUCCUACUUGUAACCCACAUAUUGUCCCACUUUGUAUCUCUCGUCUAAAAUUCUGGGUUUUGCUACAUGCAAAAAGAAUUGACUUUUGUGAAUCAUGUACAUUUGAUUUUGCCAUUUACACCUAAUUUGAACUGGUUACUUUAAAAGCACAGGGGGGGAGGAUAAUUAACAUUUUGCAAAGCUAAACAUGAGUGUCAAAUGUAAUCUUUCUGCCUUUUUUUUUUUUUUUGUAACUUGCUUUAUCCUGGUGAGUGGUGUUUUUCACUUUUUGCUUUUUUAUUUGAAAGAGGCCAGGGGAGGGCACUAAUUCCGUCAAGGCAAUUUGUAAACCAUAUAAUGUAGUGAUGCAGAACAUGAAUAAGUGAGGUAUGAAGUUGAAUGUUUCAUACUUCAAUUUUUUUUUUUUUUUUUUGUAUAGACCAUAACCUAUAAAUAAAUUUUUGAAAAACAAUG